UGUGACGUAGCUUCCGGUGACGCGCUGAAAUUUUAAACUAUCCUCCUUCUCAGUGAUGGCGGCGUCGCUUAGUCCUCUCCCUGCAAGCUGUAAUAACAAAUGGUACUACUCCCGGCAACAGAUCGACAACAAUCCAUCUCGGCGAGCAGGACUCGAUCCGGACAAGGAGCUCUCCUACAGACAACAGGCAGCCAACCUGCUACAGGACAUGGGACAGCGGCUCAAUGUGUCCCAGCUUACAAUCAACACGGCCAUUGUAUACAUGCAUCGUUUCUAUAUGGUCCAGUCCUUCACCAGAUUCCAUAGAAAUGUCAUUGCUCCAGCCGCUCUUUUCCUCGCUGCAAAGGUGGAGGAGCAGCCCCGAAAGCUAGAACAUGUUAUUAAGGUGGCUCAUGCCUGUCUCAACCCACAGGAUCCCUCACCAGACGUUCGCAGUGAUGCCUACCUGCAACAAGCCCAAGACCUGGUCAUUCUUGAGAGCAUAAUACUCCAGACCUUGGCGUUUGAAAUCACCAUCGACCAUCCCCACACUCAUGUUGUCAAGUGCACCCAGCUGGUUAGAGUUGUUUCAGCAAGUAAGGAUCUUGCUCAAACAUCUUACUUCAUGGCCACCAACAGUCUCCACUUGACCACGUUCUGCCUGCAGUACAGUCCGCCGGUCGUGGCUUGUGUGUGUAUCCAUCUUGCCUGCAAGUGGUCCAACUGGGAGAUUCCUGUUUCUACGGAUGGAAAACACUGGUGGGAAUAUGUUGACCCCACAGUCACUCUGAAACUGCUAGAUGAGCUCACACACGAGUUCCUGCAGAUUCUGGAGAAAACACCUAGCAGACUGAAACGCAUCCGCAACUGGAAGGCAGGAGGUCAGACACCAAAGACCAAGCCAAAAGUCCAGGAGGAGGGUGACCAGAGGGACACCAUGCUGAGCAUGAUCUCUAUGGCCUCUUCGGAAAGUACUGUGGCGGGUCUGAUGAGCCUUUCGGCCCCGUCUUCUGCUUCGUCUUCGUCCACCACAGCUGACAAGGACAGGACGCCUGGCAGUGCUCAAACCUGGAGUGGCAAGAGUCAGGGGGUGCCUGAGCACCAGACUAACCAUGAGAUCCACACCCCUGCUAAGGUGUCCUUAAGCGAGUACCGCGCCAAGAACGCAGAUGUAUUGGCUGCUCAGAAGAGGAAGUUGGAAAACAUGGAAGCCAGCGUGAAGAGGGAGUACGCCAAUGCUGCCCAAGCUCUCAUUGGUCAGCAGCAGAGAAAGGAGAAACAGCAGCAUCAUCACCAGCAGUCCAGCUCGUCUUCCUCUGACCUGUCCAACCCCUCACCCAUUAUUCUGAAAAUUCCCUUGGAGAAGGAGAGACACGAUAGAAGUUCUUUGAAAAUGAAGUUUCCCCUGGCUGGCGGAGGCAGCAGUGGACACAGCGGCAGAGGACAGGACCAGGACAUUAAAGUGCGUAUUCGUGUGCCAGAGAAGCAAAGGGGGAGUUCAGGUGAGGAGGGCAAGAGCAGGGACAAGCACAGGGACAGGUCCAAUCACCACCACCAUCACCACCACCACUCUUUGAGUGGUGCUUCUCUUUCCUCCUCACACAAACACUCAUCAAGUUCCGGAAGUGCAUUAGGAAGCAGCAAAAAGGUCCCUAAUGAUUCGUCUCGAACAAGCUCAUCUUCCUCUGUCUCCCGCAAGAGGACACAUCCCCAAGACCCUUUGGCAGUAUCCCACCCUGCUUCGAAAAUGAGCAAGUCUUCUCGAAAUCCCUACCAGCUACCAUCCCUGUCUUCCUCAUCUGGCCAAACACUGGCGUCUGACAUCCUACCGGCCCUUGGCCUCCCCCUUCACCAGGGAAGCUAUUCACAUCCCAAAGGCGACAAGACAGACACUAACGGACAUGGGGGAACAGGUGGCGCUCAGUCCAAUGAGUACCAGGACACUUUUGAGAUGUUAAACUCUCUUCUGAGCGCGCAGGGUGUCCAGCCAUCCCAGCCGACCAUGUUUGACUACAGGUCCCAGUACGCAGACUUCAGGUACUCUGGCGGAUCCAGGGGAAGCAAUGCCAGACCCCCACCCUUGCCUUCAGACCCUCCUCCACCUCUUCCGCCACUACCCAAAUGAGUUUUUAAUGUAUGUUGCUGUCUGUUACAUAAAGUAUUGUCUGAUUUAAGACAUUUUAUAGGCGUCAUGAGCUGAUGCGACUUUCAAAAUGUUUUAUUUGUACUGAUCACUCGAGGUUCAAGGAGCAAAAGCUUGAACAUCUGAUUGGAACAAAACAUGUUAUUAACUUAAAGGUAUAGAUUCAAAUUUGGCUGCAAUCAAAUGAUUUUAGAUAGUGGGACAUUAUUUUCCUUUACACGAUUUAGGUGUCUUUGGAGGAAAUUAAUAUUAGAUAAAAUGACUACAACUGUCAGGUUGUCGGUUUUAUAGUGUUAUUUAUUUUUAUAAUAUACUCCAAUUUUUUCUUAUUCCCCUGUCUUUACCAAUGAUUAUUAUUAAUUAGACUGGCUUUAGAUUCCUUCUCCAAAAUGUUUUUUUUCUUUGUUGGAGCUGCCAUAACCGGAAAAAAAUUGGGCUUUCCCCGCCUUUUUGGUGUCCUGUAUUUUAUUUCCUACCUUAUUCGGUAGAAGUAUACGAUUGUAACAUGUUUAAAAUACACAAAAUAUUUUUACAUUUUGUUAAGAAAAAUCGGUGUAAUGAAAUAUUUUUUUUUAAAUUUUGAGUUCUGCAGUCAUUGUUUUAAAUGGUUGUAAAAUAAUGUCAGUUUUAAUGAAAUCCUACUAAUUGAAAAGAGAGAGAGAAGAUAUGUUUAUUGGUAAAGGGAUUCCAAUAAUAAAAAAAAACAAUCCUGCUGAAUUGGUCAGACUGGACUAGGAAAAAGAAACUUGCAUUCUUUGUUUGGAAUUGUCACUUGUUAGUUUCCAAUGGUGUACAUUUAUUUGACGGUGGUUACAUUGUGGCAACCAUAUCUAUAAUAGCUCAGUAAAGGAUAUCGAAUAACCACCUUGUCGUUUAUUUAGACAUCCUUUUUCGGGGUUGUUUUUAUUCUUUUUUUUUUUUAAGUGAAAGUCCGAGUGUACCUUUGUGAGUUGAUGCAAUCAUUAAAGUUGUCUUGCUCCAUUUGAAUUGUACAUUCAACUAACCUGUUCAUUAAGCAGUUAUGUUAUCAAUUCAGAUGAUCAACAAUACUUUACUGGCUUUGCAAAUCCUAUUCAGUAUCAGGAUUGUAUUAUACUUGGAGCUGUCAAACAGCCAUAUUCUCUAAGUAUGUGUGUAUCCUUUGGUUUGACAGACUACAUUGUGAGUCGGUGAUGAGUCAUUUGUUUUGGAGUAAAUGCACUGACUUGAACAAAAGGUUUUUUCCUACAAUGAAACUGCAAAUUUGUAAUUAAUUGACUGACAAAUCCUAAUGUUGUGGGAUCAUAAACUCUAAAAUCAACUUUUCAACAACUGCCAUGCAACCUAGCAAUGCAAGUCACAUUACAUUUUACCUGAGGUUCUCCUGCAUCUUGGAAGUUUUGUAAUUCAGUGGACUGGUAUUAAAUUAAAUAUCAGUGGGAUUUUAUUUUUCAUGUAACAUGUUCAGUGUGAACAUUUGUUUUACAUAAAGUGAUUAUUUCCUAUUAAAGUUGAGAACUUAAUGGAAA